CGAUACACUCUGCAACACACAUUUCAGUCUUGGCUACUUGUUUGUGAUCCCAUAACUGAGUGUCCCCGGAUUUAGUUUACAAAAUACGGGCACCCUAUACUACAUAUCAUGUGACAACUUCAACUUCCGCUAACAGCAGCUCCAGGCUACUGGAGAGAACAGGGAGGAGCUAAUCUAUAAUUUGCAAAGUCGUUUUUAUCUUCAAAAGCCCGCCUCAUAAGCAGAACAGAGGAAAGCAUAAGAUGACAAAGAAACUGCUGAUUGAUGUUGACUGCGGUGUGGAUGACGCCCAGGCGAUAAUGAUGGCCCUGGCAGCUCCUGAUGUGCAGAUCCUGGGGAUAACCUGUGUUCAUGGAAACACUUCCAUUGACAAUGUCUGCAAAAAUGUGCUCAGAGUUCUCAAAAUUUGCAAGAGGCUUGAGAUUCCUGUGUUUCGCGGUGCUUCUACACCGAUUCUUUCGGACUCCCUGGAUUCUGGCAAUUUCCAUGGGGAGGAUGGCUUGGGUGAUUUUCCAGACCCGGAGGCACCGGGAUUGGACCUGAUGCAGAAGGAGCAAGCAGUGCAGGCCAUGAUAAGGAUCGUCACUGAACAUGAGGGGCAGGUCUGUCUUGUUGCUACUGCACCAUUGACUAACCUUGCUCUGGCAGUAAAGAUUGAUCCAAGUUUUCCUGAGAAACUGAAGAGUCUUUUUAUUAUGGGAGGAAACAUGGAAUCGAGAGGAAACACCACAGUCUGUGGAGAGUUUAACUUCGCAGCAGAUCCAGAAGCGGCCUACAUCGUCUUGAAAGAUUACUUGUGCCCUACAUACAUUGCCACGUGGGAAUACACUUAUCAUCACAAACUCCCCUGGGGUUUCUGUCAUAGUUGGAUGGACCAGAACACAGAAAAAGCCAGAUUCAUGAAGAACAUCCUUGCCUACAGUAUGGAGAUGACAAAAGGCGAUAUGACUGGUGGUGAAGGUUUUUUGUCUUGUGACUCCUAUGCCAUGGCUGCAGCUAUUGAUGAAGAAGUUGUUACAGAAUAUAUCGAGUGUGCAGUAUCUGUGGAGCUGUCCGGAAAAUUAACCAGAGGGAUGAUGGUCCUAGAUACCCUGGAUCUACUUAAGAAGAAGCACAAAGCCUUUGUUAUGAAAACAUGUGAUUUAGAAAAGUUCCAAUGUCUACUAAUGGCAGCCCUGAAAUGACUAUUUUUUAUUGAAUUCUUCAUCUAGUCCUUUUGUAAGAAUGCAUGGAAAGUAAUGAGUCAGGAAGUUUGACCAUAUUGAUUAUUUGGCAAUUCAAUUAGGUUUUGAAUUCAAAUCUAUUUUUAAGAGAUUAAUUGUUUUCUUUUGUAUUUGGUUAUCUAGUGUCUCUAAAGGUAAUUUAACACAGUAAUUCCACAAAUCAUAGCCAUUUGUGUACUUCCAUUAACACUGGUGCAGUUUUAAAAGAAACACGUGUAUUUUAAUUUUAAAACGUGGUAUAUUACUUUGUUACAGGAAGCAUUCCUUUUCUGUGCCUUGUUAUCGGUUUGCAAUUGCACUUGGGUCAUUUCACCCCAGCAGUGUCUUCUGGGACACAGCAUGUUACUGGCUGACAGCAUGUCAGUCAAUCGGGGAACCAGCUGUUUGUUUAUUGACAGAAAUGAAGCCUGUGAAGGGGUGGCAACAACACAGUCUAAGCAUGGCUUGUAAACAGUUUUCUUCAAUCUAGUGAAGUACCAGAUAUCACGUUUUGAAAUUAAAAUGUUUGCUGCAACGUGUUUUUCAAAACUACACAUUUAGUAUGACAUUUCAUAAACUGGAAAGUGCAAAACUUGGAAAUGAAAGACAGUUUGGACCUAAUAUAUUAUUUUCUGUACAAGUGUUUAUGUACAUGCUACUGUCAUGUAUUAUGCAUGUUCCACUGUAUUUAAUGUACUAUUUCAUGUAUUGUGCAUUUUUUUCUUUUUUUACUGUAUAAGAUGUAUUAUGCAUUUAUCUGUAUUUGAAGUAUGAUGGAUUUUUUUGUUACUGCAUCUUGUAAAGUGCUUUGUGAUGGUGGUGGUCCACUAUGAAAGGUGCCAAAUAAAAUAAAGAUUGAUUGAU